GCUCUUCUCUCGCGUGCAGGUUGUUCUCGAUUAGACUGCCAAAUGUCACCAGCUUCCUAAUGUCGAUCGUUGCAGAGUAAGCUAAACUCCUUUAUGUAUCGGUGUAUAUACAAGCUGUACUCGAGUAUACACCACGCAAUACCCCGCUAACAUUUCCACAAAGCCAAGUACGUCGCGUUGACGGCCAACUCGAUCGCGUGCAUUUGGUCCCAGGUGCACGUACAAUACACGAUGGCGAAUUUACGACCGACAGCCAGAAACUCUCCUCGUCCCCACGAAUCGCCGAGCUCCAAGUCAUCGUGAAGGCGCUCUCUUCAACAACCUCGUCAAAGCCCCUCCUUUCACCCUGGCGAAUAUCGACCCUUCUGCAUCAGGCAGCGCUUUCAGAUAUCGAGGUAGAGCGGGAGGAAGAUGAAUCUACAAGUGCCUAUGAAUCUGAGUUGGAAUGGCUUCUUGUCAGCAAAGCCACAGUGCAAACAUAUGGUUUGCUUCUCAAUACCCUGUUGGAACAAACGAUACCCUUGAACGAUGACAUAUGGUAUUGGGACGAGGUAUUAGGUUCAUAUCCGUAUUCAAGCCUCUAUACUGUUCAAACAACCCCGUCGAGAUUUCUUGCUUGGUCAAAAGAUAUCUAUAAGGAUACGAGAAAUAGAGUUGUCCAGCUUCGACAAUACUCGGACGAGGGAAUCUCUGCCCGGGAUAUUGGAUCAAGUUUGACGGGGCAAUGGAAACAAUUCUACGGGCUGGUUCGAGACAGCAUACGGGAGCGAUCUGUGGCCGAUAUCCAGCGACGUGUGCUCUCUCCGAUCGCUCUCUGUCGCUCAGAAGCUAGACUUAACCAGGCGCGGCUCAGGAGGUUACGAGAAAUGAGUGCAAGUGGACUGGGGGUACUCAUGGAUGAAGGCCUAAAUUUUGAAAUCAACGAAGAGAGCAACGAUCUUUCAAAGGUCGAUGAAGCUGACAGCCACGAGUGGAAGAUUGUUGUAGAGAGGAGCAUCGCGCUUAUGGACAACGUCUUGAAGAACGUGACGACCCUCGAGGCCGGUGUAUCUGACUUUGAAGAUACGGUUUUUGCCAGUGUCGAGGAUGAUCCUGAGAAUGGCAUGGAUGAUACUGAAUCCGUUAGACCGGCAAAGUUGUCUCGGCGCCUUCAGAAUAUACUUCAAAAGCAUGUGCCAAAGCAUAUUUCAACAUCCCAGAGGCUCGUCUCAAGAUACGGUCGACCAUCCAGACUCGUAAGAUAUUGGCUACCUGCUGGUAUAUUGCUCCUUUCUUCAACUACCAUUCUCCAGAUUUUGGUUAGCAGGAAAGCUGAGAUUAUCACUUGGAUCCGUGAUUUUGGGACUACCGUCCAGGACUUUUACUUGAACUGGAUACUCGAACCAACGAAGAAAAUCAUCAGUACGAUUAGACAUGACAAAGAUAGUGACAUUGCUAUCAUGAGCAAAGAAAGCCUAAAAGGUGAUAGAGAGAGCCUUGAACGGAUGGUUAUUGAUUUCGCCAUUGACAAUCCCCAAACCUCCACAGAAACAAGCGGGCCACUGAGCGAAGCGCAAAUUAUGGAGAUUCGGACGAAGGUCAGAGAGGGAGAUCUUACCCCGGUGUUACGAGCCUUUGAAAAAGACCUUCGACAGCCUUUCAUUGGCACAGUUCGGGGUGACCUUAUUCGAACCCUCCUUAUACAGGUUCAGAAGACCAAGGUUGAUGUGCAAUUUGCCCUGAGUGGUAUAGACUCGUUAUUAAAAAGUCAGGAAUUGGUCUUUGGCUUUGUCGGAUUGACGCCUGGUGUGUUGGUGAGCUUUGCGGUCUUUCGCUAUCUUGGUGGGAUGUUUGGGAGUAGAAAGGGGUUGAGAAAAGGCCGGAAAGCAGGUCAAGCAGUGCGAGUUUUACGAAAUAUCGACCGGAUACUCACGCUGGCCACUCCAACACAAAACAACAUUUUGUCGUACAAGGACCACGGCCUUCUGUUAUGCGAGGUUCACGUCUUGCGGCAACGCGCUAGCAAGCUGUUUCCGGGGGAGAUUGAGAGAGAGUUCCUCGAGGAUGUGAAUGAUCUUUGUAAUAUCAAUAGUGGCAUUCAGCAGCAGCUCAAGGUUCUGGACCGUAUACGAUGGGGCUACUCGGGCUGGAUGAAGAAUGAAUGAAGAUGAGAUGAAAUGAGUGUACAAUAAUAAAAUCUACGUCCCAGGACAAAGCCAUCGAUCAACCUUAUAUCUAACUCUGAUCUGUGAAGUGAAUGGAAGUGGCUAAUCUUAUGACGGAACUUUUUUCAAUGGUGGGUGUCUAGUGAACGACCAGUGCAGGUUUAUGUACUAUACCUCUAGCUAUUUUUGGUGUCUG